UGCUGUCUGGUAGACGUCCAGUUCGUCUGCUGAAGCACCAACGCUCCUCUCCUUUCACAAUGGCCCAGUCAACCCUCGACACCAUGCCCGGAGCCUCCACAGGAACCGUGGUGGUCACCGAGCUGCUCAACUUCUGGGCUGGGAAGCGAGUGAAGCCCAGGGAGGAGAAGAACGCAGAGCCGGUGUUCGAGCCUGCGACUGGCAGGGUCUUGUGUCAGAUGGUACCCUGUGGGGAGCAAGAGGUGGACGAGGCCAUCAAGAGUGCCCACGCCGCCUACCUGAUAUGGAGCAAGAUGUCAGGCAUGGAGAGAGCUCGGGUGAUGCUAGAGGCUGCCCGGAUCAUCAGGGAACGAAGGGAGAAGAUUGCAAAGCUGGAAGUGAUCAACAAUGGCAAGCCCAUCACUGAAGCACUGGUGGAUAUUGACAUCGCCUGGCAGACCAUUGAGUACUAUGCAGGCAUGGCUGGUACUCUUGCAGGCCAGCACGUUCAGCUUCCCGGUGGAUCGUUUGCUUACACCAGGAGGGAGCCGCUUGGUGUGUGUGUGGGAAUCGGUGCCUGGAACUACCCCUUCCAGAUAGCAUCAUGGAAAUCUGCUCCCGCUCUGGCGUGUGGUAAUGCGAUGGUGUUUAAGCCCUCUCCUAUGACUCCUGUGACUGCCGUCAUACUGGCUGAGAUCUACAAAGAGGCCGGGGUACCUGAUGGGCUCUUCUGUGUGGUGCAAGGUGGAGCCGAGACCGGCACCUUGCUCUGCCAUCACCCGAUGGUCGCCAAAGUCUCGUUCACCGGCAGCGUGCCCACAGGCAAAAAGGUGAUGGAAAUGUCCUCAAAGACUGUGAAGCAGGUGACUCUGGAGCUCGGAGGAAAAUCUCCACUCAUCAUCUUCAAAGACUGUGAUCUGGAGAACGCAGUGAAGGGAGCGCUCAUGGCUAACUUCCUCACACAGGGACAGGUUUGCUGCAACGGGACCAGAGUGUACGUUCAAAAGGAGAUCAUGCCGCAGUUCCUGGCUGAGGUGGUCAAGAGGACCAAGGCCAUCCCUGUGGGCGACCCCCUGCUGGACGGCACCCGCAUGGGGGCGCUGAUCAGCAAGCCGCAGCUGGAGAAAGUGUUGGGCUUUGUCAAACAAGCCAAGGAACAGGGAGCCAAGGUGCUCUGUGGAGGGGAGCCUCUUGUGCCCAGUGAUCCCAAACUGAAAGGAGGCUAUUUCAUGUCACCCUGCGUGCUCGAUAACUGCAGAGAUGACAUGACCUGUGUGAAGGAGGAGAUUUUUGGCCCUGUCAUGUCUGUUCUGCCUUUCGACACAGAGGAAGAAGUUCUCAAGAGGGCCAACAACACCACCUUCGGAUUGGCUUCUGGAGUCUUCACCAGGGACAUUUCACGAGCCCAUCGUGUAGCUGAGAACCUGGAGGCAGGAACAUGCUUCAUCAACAACUACAACAUCAGCCCUGUGGAAGUGCCAUUUGGAGGAUAUAAGAAUUCAGGCUUCGGCAGAGAGAACGGACAGGUGACCAUCGAGUAUUACUCCCAGCUGAAGACUGUGGUGGUGGAGAUGGGCGACGUGGAGAGCCUCUUCUGAAACUCCUCAUCAAGUUUACACUGCUGUGACCAGAACUGUGAUAAAACUCAGCUCCAUUUAGUGAAGAUCAUAGCAUCACACAUGAUGACAUGUAACACACUUUUUGCACUGACUGCAUUAACUGAAGACACGGACCAUUAUAGAUUAUUACCUGUUCAAAAUCUUCAUUUGUAUUUCCCUGACAUGCAAACAAGAAAAGCAAUGCACUACUGCCUUAAAUAGAAAUUGAGAAGAAUUUUGUAACAAAAUAAAUCCCUUUUAGA